UAUCAUGAUCAUGAUGGAGCCUCCUUUCAAUGCACUGAUUAAACAAAUUUUUACUGAUCCCAAAGAUCAGAAUCGUUUAUUCAGUGCCCUAAAGGACGGCACCUUGAAGUUCCCCAACUCGGUCAGCAGCACCACUAAGAAAGUGGCUCUUCUCAAGGUUUCCAAGCAGAACUAUGUCGGAAUGAUUGUGGGUAAAAAAGGUUCAAACAUCAUGCAAAUGCGCAACCAAACAAAUACAGACGUUCAAAAUCCUCAGCAGGGAGAUGAACCUUUCCGUGUGUACGGAGAAAGCUAUAAGGAUUUGGCUAAGAUGGCACUGUGGAUAUUACAGCAAGAUGACAGACUUAGCGGAAUUGAAAGUGGAAAAGAACCCAACGAUGGAAGCUUUAAAAUGGAAGCACGUAUAUGGUGUUGUUCGCGGUAUGUUGGGUUAUUAGUUGGACCCAACGGAGGAACAAUCAGACAGAUAAAGGAAGACUCCGGGUGCUGCAUUCAGUCUCCUCCUCGUAACGAGAAAAUGAAAUACUUCACUCUCACUGGUUCCUGGGAUGAGAUAACUUGUGCGUAUAUGAAGAUGGAGAUGUUAAUCAACAAGAAGUACAACAGUGGACAUUACAACUCCUGUAAAACAUGUGAUUGUGCUAACAAUGUGUGCGAGAAACUGAAAUUGUGUCACCCUGAAGGUGGAUUACCAUCAGUUCCGCAGACCCAUAUGAACAAUCAAAUGAACAAUCACAUGAACAUGCCACUCAACUCCAUGCAGCACCUCUCUCCACCCCCAUCCUACCACAGAUACCCCAUCCCCACUCCUUACAGUCCAAAUACCACAGAUCAGCUAUCCAGGGAGCAGUACAGGGACUCAGAUAAUUUCCAGCUCAGUCCAACCAACACUGGUAUGGCGCAGUUCAGAGAGACAUAUAAUUUGGCGGUAGACAGACACCACAGAGAGUUCAGCCAAACCAGAGCUCCUGCAAUAGCUGGUUCUAGAGUGUUCUCUGGGAGUAAUGACAGCAGUCCCAACAGUGAUAACCCACUCAGCGCUGUGAGUGUUACCACUAACUCCUCGCCCUACGACAGCCCACCCAAUCAGCUGCCAGCCAACCUCAACAGAUCUUCCUAUGAUACCUCCCUGAACAGAGACCAGAGAGAAUUCUCCCAGAACUGUAACUACGAGGAACUUAUUCAGAUACUGCUGGCGUUCCAUGAUCUUCAAGUAAACCGGGAGGGUAAUUUGAAGCCUGGUGUAAAUGAUAUGUUAUCGAGCCCUCGCCGUACCCAAUCUAUGCAGAAUGGACUUAUUAGCCCUAGAAACAAUGUUCGCAGAUAUGCGGACCCAGUUGACCAGUACCCUGCUGACUAUUUCCCUGAUAUGUCCUGGCUCCCACCCAACCCCGGAAUGAACAGAGGAGUCGUGUCACCUCGUUUACCACAGAGUUUCUAUAACAACGCUACCUUCUAAAGAGAAAUCUUUUGCCGUUCAAUGCCUCUCCAGACAACUUGAGUGUUUAAUUUUGGGGCCAGUUACCUUAUUAUCUCAAAUUGUAAUCCCUUACAUCAUUAUCAUAGUAUUAUAGUAUUAUUAUUGACUUUUUGAUCGUAGUGCAGUUGAAAGAUAUUGCAAUAUUUAUGUCUUAAUGUGUUUUACGUGAUUGUUAUUUAAGUUUUAGUUGACGUUUGCCUUGAUAGAUUGUAGCUGUCAGAGAGCUAUUUAUUAAAGAAAGAUCGCUAUCUGUUAUAGAUGCACCAUGAAUCAUGAUAGAUUAUAAUUGCCGGAGCUAUUUAAUAUUUAUUUAACUAUCCGAAAUAUUUGCCACAUCACUCACUAUUCAGUCAUCACUCACUAUUCAGUCAUCACUCACUAUUCAUUCACUAUUCAGACAAUUCAUUCACUUUUCACGCACUAUUCAUUAAUCACUAUUCACACAUUCACUCACUUGAAACUAUUCAUUAUUCAAUCACUGUGUUAUUCAAUAUUAAUUGACUAUUAUAAUAUAUUCCAAAUACAUUUUGUUUGGCGAUGUUUUGUAUCAUCAAGGACCGACAUAAGACUUUUUCACCGGUUAAUAGUUUCGAUCUUUCUGAAGAUUUUUUGCUAAAUUGUGCAAAAUGGUCUUUGGAAUAUUCUUUAAUUAUAAUAAUAAAUCACUCUUCAUUCAAUAUAAUAUAAUAUUCAUUCACUAAUCACUUGCACUAUUUGUUCACUAUUUAAGCACGAUUCAUUCAUCACUCCUUCAACUAGCUUGUUUCUCUUCUUUUUCAAGUAGCAUAGUGGAGGGCUAGGGGACAGUUUAUAAAUGUAUAGAAGCACUAAUUAUGUGGCUUUUCUAUAAUAAUUAGAAAAACAGUCACAACUCAUUAUUUAAUCUUGGUCCCUCUGCAGUCUGCUAUGUGAAUUGUAAAGUGAUAGUUAAAGUUUAAUACCCUCUAUGUUUUAAAUUCGCUACGCUUUGCAGCUGAGAUAUACUUAAAAUUUAAAAUUCUUCACAAAGGAAAUAGUAACUAUGGAAAAUUAAGAAAAUUGUCGCUACUAUAAAAAUAAAUACCGUUAUCCAUGAUAAUCCAUGGGUGGUAAUACCUGAAACGUUAAUUCUCGACCAUAGUGUACAAUAAUUAUAAGUAUCUCUCUUGCUGCAACUUAAUUCUUAACUUGUUGUUAUCUUCUAUUUAUUACUAAUAAGUAUAAUUAUCUUUCAUGGCAACGAAUGGAUGAUUAGUAUUAUUAUCCUUUAUUUCAUUUAUAUUUAUUAAUAUAAAAUUAUUAUCAUGAUACAUACUCACCAUCGACUUAGAAUUCAUUUGUAUCAAGUCGCGAGGACAAAUUGACUUUUAAAAGAAAGUUUCAAAAUCCUUUCAAUUCAUUUCUUACUAAAUCUAUUUCCAUCAAAUUUAGAGUGUUGUAAUAUUCAGAUAAUAUUUAAUUGGAUCAAGGUUUUUCAUAAAAACUUGAUAUAAAUAUCAUGACAUAUAUAUGGCCACUGCAGCGCCUAUACAAUAGCUUGUGGAUACCUUUCCUAGUAUCGAAAGAUUUGUGCUUUGGAAAAUAUUUGAGCGUUUAUACUUUCUUCAUCGGCAUGAAUAUGUUGAACUGUCACUGCUUUAAAAAUUCGCAAUAUUUUAUCUCUAUAAAUCAA